AUGCCAGAAACUCCAACCACUCAGCAUAGCAGAACUCAAACCUUAUGGCAGACCUGCCUUGUCUCUGCAUACCACACAGCACUUGCAUGCACCAUCGUUGGCUGCACAACCCUCUACGGCCCUGCCAUUCUUACUAACCAAAUAGCUUACCCUGCAUUUUCAUACGUGACCGUGAUUCUCGUGAUCACGGACGCAACACUCGGUGACACUGUCCGUGGUUGUUGGCUAGCACUCUAUGCGACGGUCAUUAGUAUAGGGCCGGCAAUCUUGAGCUUGUGGUUGAUUGGUCCGGGCCGGUUAACGAGUGGAACUACAGCCCUUGCAGUGACACUUGCUGCAUUUGUAGUGGUACUGCCGGAGGGAACUCACUUGAUUGCAAAGCGCAUCGCUUUGGGACAGAUUGUUAUAACUUACGUGAUUGGUUUUAUUAAUGGUCCGCACACUGAGGCUGUUAUGCAUCCUGUGCAUGUAGCGGCUAGUACUGGUGUAGGGGUCAUGGCUUGUGUACUUGCUUUGGUGUUUCCCUAUCCCAGAUUGGCUUGUCUAGAGGUCAAACAGAACUGCAAACUACUUGCAGACAAUGAUUCAGAAAGAUUAAAGCUAUUGGUGAAGGCAUUCUGUGCAGAAGACAACAUAUUAGCACAGGAAUCUGUAUCUCAAGCGAAGUACUUGACCGUUACCGGAACCAAACUUCUCCAAAGCAUUAAAAGAUACCAAGAAAGCAUGAAGUGGGAGAAACUCCCGUUCAAUUUUCUGAGAUCUUAUUACAUAAACCCAAGUCAGAAAUUGCAAGAGCUAGAGAUACCCUUACGAGGGAUGGAAAUGGCUUUAACUGCUACUACUACUUCAUUUCCUGCAAGAAUGCUUGAUACACAGAUCAAAGAUAGUCUAUUGAGACUAGAAAAGCACAUUAGCCUAACCCUUAAUCGAGUCAGGAACGGUUUGGCCAGUGAUUCCAUAACCGUUCCUGAAUCAAACACGGAUGAGAUAAUGAAUUGUCUCGACGCCAUUCAAAUAACCCCAACAACAAAUGAAGACCUGUCCUCUCUUUUCUUCCUAUUUUGCAUAAAACUCCUCCAGGGCAAAUCGUUGGCUAAACCAGCAGAAGUCAAUUUAGCAACUAAAGGUGAAAAUUCAAGCAUUGAAAGCAAGGAAAAUGGUUUCUUUAAGUCCAUCUUGGCAAACAAAUUAAGCAUCAAGAGAUUCAUGCCUGCAUUUAAAUGCUCACUUUCAUUAGGACUUGCAGUGCUAUUUGGAUUGAAAUACAGCAAGGAAAACGGGUUCUGGUCGGGACUCCCGGUAGCCAUAAGCCUUGCAUCAACUAGAGAGGCUACAUUUAAAGUUGCCAAUGUGAAAGCACAAGGGACAGUAUUAGGAACUGUCUAUGGAGUUAUCGGUUGCUUCGUGUUGGAAAGGUUUUUGCCAAUCAGGUUCCUAUCACUCCUUCCUUGGUUCAUCUUUACCAGUUUUUUAAGGCGAAGCAGGAUGUACGGCCAGGCAGGUGGAAUUUCUGCAGUAAUUGGGGCUGUACUAAUUUUGGGAAGGAAAAAUUUUGGUCCUCCAAGUGAGUUUGCCAUAGCAAGAAUUGUUGAGACCUUUAUUGGGUUGUCUUGUUCGAUUAUGGUUGAGCUUGUUUUGCAACCCACAAGAGCUUCUGCUCUGUCUAAGCUCCAACUCUCUAAUUGUCUGAGGACAUUGCAGAACUGCAUGGGUUCAAUUAGUCUUGGAGCCAACAAAGCCGAGUUAUUUGAGAGCCAAAAUAGGUUGAAAGUUGAAGUAAAUGAGCUAAUGAGGUUCAUUGGAGAAGCUGAGGUGGAGCCCAAUUUCUGGUUUUUGCCUUUCCAUAGUGCUUGCUAUGGUAAGCUCUUGGAUUCCUUAUCAAAAAUGGUAGAUCUAUUGCUUUUUAGUGCUCAUGCUGUGGGGUUUCUUCAACAAGAAUCACACAAUUCCUGGAAACAGAAUUUAAAUAAGCUAGAAAAUGACCUUAAACUAUUCAAGGAUAUGGUUGUCUCCUUAAUAAAAUGUUUUGAGGAGAUCACUAUGAUAAAAUCACUCACAGCUCUUGACAAGGAACUGGAAAAAAAUAAUGUUUCUUGUGAUCUUGAACUAGGAAAAUCAACAAGUCCCAAUUUCUUUAAGGUCUCUGGUUCGGACGAGGCAGAGAAAAUAUCGACUUCUUAUCUUCAGCAUUCUAGAGAAGCCGUUGAGAAAAUCUGCAUGAAUGAAUGUAAUGAGAAGGAGGUCAAGUGCCAAAUGGUUUUGAGCUUAGGUGCCCUGGGAUAUUGCAUGAGCGAUUUGGUAAGAGAAACAAGAAAGGUUGAGAAUGAAAUCAGUGAACUUGUUCAGUCGGAGAACCCUUCAAGCCACGUUAACUUACAUGAAAUUUCAUGCAAGAUACGUGCCUUGUAUUGUUGUACUGGUAGUUGAAGAUUGCAAGUGAUAUGUUUGAUAUUGAAUUGAAUAAAACAGAAGAUUG